GAGCUGGAGACUCUGGUGGCCCACUGGAACCUCUACCUCAACCUGGCCGGCUUCUUUGUGGGGCUCUUCUCAGUCACCCUCUUCGGCCCCUGGAGCGACAGCGUGGGGCGCCGGCCGGUGCUGAUCCUGCCGGCGCUGGGCAUGGCCCUGCAGGCCGCCAUCUACCUGGUGGUCAUGUACGCCGAGCUGCCUGUGGGGUACCUGAUGGUGGGCCGGGUGCUGAGCGGCCUCUCCGGAGACUACAACCUGAUCCUCGCCGGCUGCUUCGCCUACGCGGCCGACGUCAGUGACCGGACGGCCCGCACUUUCCGGGUGGCCAUCCUGGAGGCCUGCCUGGGCCUGGCGGGCAUGGUGGCGAGCGUGCUGGGCGGUCAGUGGCGCAAGGCCCAGGGCUACGUGGCGCCCUUCUGGCUGGUCUUCGCGGCCAGCCUCGCCGCGGCCCUCUACGCGGCCCUCGUCCUGCGGGAGUCGGUGCCGCAGAGGCAGCCGCAGCGGCUUCUCACGCUCCGCCAUUACAAGGCAGUGUACCGGCUGUACGCCAGCCCCGCCCGUGGUCAGCCCUGGCGCCAGCUGCUCUUCUACUCGCUGGCCUUCUUCGUGGUGGUGACGGUGCACUUUGGGGCCCGGGAGAUCCUGGUGCUGUACGAACUCGGCCCUCCGCUCUGCUGGCGGUCGGAGCUGAUCGGCUACGGCUCGGCCGCCCACUACCUGACCUACCUGAGCAGCCUGGCAGGGCUGAGGCUGCUGCAGAGGUGCCUGCGGGACGCCUGGGUGGCCGAGCUGGGCCUGCUCUCUAACGCCCUGGGGAUGGUCACCAUGGCGCUGGCAGGGACCACGGCCCUGAUGUUCACAGGCUACGGGCUCCUCUUCCUCUCCAUGAUGGUGACUCCUGUGAUCCGCUCCAAGCUCUCCAGAUCGGUUGGCGAGGCCGAGCAAGGGGCGCUCUUUGCCGCCGUGGCCUGCGUGGAAGGGCUGUGCUCCCUAGUGGCCACGGGGGUCUUCAGCUCCCUGUUCCCGGCCUGCCUGUCCUUCAUGAGGGGCUUCCCCUUCCUCUUCGGAGCCCUCCUCCUCCUCCUGCCGGCUGCCAUCAUCGGGUGA